CAAGUGUCAACAGUCAACUGUGACAUUGACUUUUGACGGAGAGGUGUUUCUCUUUCUUGUAUUUGCCUUCAUUUAAUGUUAAUUUCAGGAUUUUCUUGAUAAAAUGGCUGUUUGUGUAGCUGUUAUUGGAAAAGAUAAUGCUCCUUUAUAUAUUGGUGGAAUUGGAAACGAUACAAGCACAGAUAAUGAAUUAUCAAGGCAGUGGUUGGUUCAUACUGCUUUGGAUGCAUUAGAAGAAAGAUUAGUAUCCAGUAAUACUACUAAUACAAAUUCAGCUUCAAAUACAACACGUACGGACUUAAGAGACUUGUACCUUGGAUUACUAUAUUCCACAGAUACUCAUAAAAUAUAUGGUUAUGUAACGAAUACGCGUAUAAAACUAGUGUUAGUGACGAGUUCUACAUCCCCAAGUGGGAGCAACAUAAGGGAUGCUGAAGUGAGAACUGCUUUACGAAGGCUGCAUGCUUUGUAUGCUGAUGCUAUUUGCAAUCCCUUCCAUUUACCUGGUGAUCAAAUAACUUCUCCAAAAUUCGACAAGCAAGUUAAAAGUUUAAUGCUAAAUAAUGUAUAAGUAAAACUUUAAACCAUAGAUUAUUAUUGUGUAAAUGUAUUUUGUUCUUUUAAAGGUAGUAAGAUUAUAUUUUAAGUUAAAGUUUUCCAUUAGUUUUCAAUGUAAUCCUUAAAUAGCUAAGAUCUAUUUAUUAAUUGUAGCUAUUAAUAAAAAUAUGUUACAAGUAUG